AUGAUUCGAAGAACGCUGCUACUCUCGGCGACGAUCUUGGCCAUCACUUUCUUGUUCUUCAGCUUACAAUCGUUUCCCUCAGGCCAGGCCCAGUUUGCUUAUCUUCCUAGGCAACGCUCGAGGUACCAAUGGAACACUACGGAUGACAUGCUGCUAUUUCAACCGCCCCUGCGGACGGCGGGGAGGCACAUUAUCGAUGCCAAUGGUGAGAGGGUGAAGUUGGCGAGUAUCAAUUGGUACGGUGCUAGCGUUAUCUUCUUUGUGCCGGGUGGCUUGGACUUCCGGCAUCGUGAUGAGAUCGCUGCCACAAUCCGCCAGAUGGGCUUCAACUCUGUGAGAUUCCCAUAUUCAGACCAGAUGGUAAUCGAAAACCCGAUCGUUCCGCCCGAAGUCAUCUCAGCGAAUCUGGAUCUGUUAGACAAUUACGAUUUGGGUCACAACGAGAGUCUGUCCGAGUCUGAUGAACCUCAAGGACCACGCGCGCUGGACGUCUACUUCGCAUGCGUUAAGGCGAUGACUGACAUUGGUCUUGCUGUGAUACCGAAUGAUCACAUCACUAAUGCACAUUGGUGCGAUGGUAUGAAUUUGUGCGAUUCAAGCUGGAAGAAUGACCAUCUCGGACCUUUCUGCAAGAUCAAGCAGACCACCGACUCAUGGAUCGAUAACUGGAAGAUUAUUAUGAGACCACUGGCAGACAAUCCGCUCGUCAUCGGAGCUGAUCUACGCAACGAGCCCAGAGGAUUCUGGGGGACGAUGACUUGGAACAUGUGGGCGACAGCGGCAGAGAAAGCCAGCGAGGCACUAUUGUCAAUUCAGCCCAACUGGCUCAUGUUUGUGGAAGGGAUCUCGUCCGCCAACGAUUGUGGCGGCGCGCGCUCUCGUCCAAUUAAACUCUCCGUCGCAGACCGAGUUGUCUACAGCAGUCACGUCUACUCAUGGUCUGGCUGGUCUACACUGGUUCCUUAUGGCAAACGUCCAUACCCUUCAUUCCCAACGGACAUGGACAAGAACUGGGCCUUCCUGAUCCGCGGAAAUAUCGCUCCUGUGUGGGUGGGCGAGUCUGGUGCACCACAUCACGCUGGAGACCAAGACCGCAACUACUGGGACCAUCUGAUGAAAUUUCUUGACGAGAUUGAUGCAGACUAUGGGUACUGGGCCCUUAAUCCAAGAAAACCUGGAGGAUACGACAACGAAACAUAUGGACUACUUAGAGAUGACUGGGAAACGCCUGUCGACGAUUACCGGCUUGCAGAUUUGCAGAAGCUGAUGAAGCCUCGAAAGGAGCGCACCGUGAAAUUUAAUGUCCAGCAAUAG